UGGUCUCAACUGAUAGAGGGCACAACACAACCUCAGAGUAUAUAAAGUAGGGUCUAAGCUAUGCGAGUAUGCAACAACAAAAAAAUAUUGACUUUAUGCGUUUUUAGGCUAUAGGUAUGGCGUUUGGUAAUGGCUUUGUAACCUCUUGUGAUGAGCUUUCUUAUAGGCUAGUACUGAACAGUGGGAGUGGCUAUUUGCAUAUUUGUAGACUGAUUCAUAAAUGCAGCAAGUGUCCUUGUUAACACCGGUUACCCCAUCAAAUGACCCAGUUGCAUUCAGUUCAUUCCUCAGUUUGACUCAUUUACUCACAUGACUUAUGAGACAGUGGCCCAGUUCAAAUGCUCCGUUCUAUGUUGACCCAUUUCUCCCCGGUUUCAGGGGGUCGAUCUUUACUUACACUGACAAGUUUGGUUGGUGCAGCCCAAAAGACUUGCUAAUUAAACUUACAACCACCAACAAACCCUUGACCCCUAUAAAUUCCCUCACAGUGGCUGUAAAUGUAGUUAAAAAAAUACUGCUGUGCUGUGUGCUUCCUGAUAUGUUAGUCUCAGUCAGGGAUGUAAUUCGUCAGGAAUUCCUGCUUUCUCGACAUUAUCCUCAAUUCCUGCAUAAUAGAAACUGACCUAUCCCCUAGUGAAAAUCUUGAUUUUCCUAUGUUGACUGUCAUGUGUGAACGACUUUGUCAACCACUUUGAAAAUAACCACUUUAAAAAGGUUGACGACAUCCGCUCCUCAUUCAAUCUGCCUAUUCAAUCCACAGGUCCCACUCACACGCUUUGACGUCUUUCUCCCCUUUCUCUCCAGAUGAAAUCCUGCGACUAGUGAGGUCAGACCGCCUGACAACCUACCCGCUCGACCCCAUCCCCUCCUCCCUUCUCCAGAACAUCUCUGGAGAUCUUCUCCCAUUCCUCACUUCCCUCAUCAACUCAUCCCUGACCACUGGCUGCAUCCCCUCUGACUUAACAAAAGCCAGAGUUGCUUCCCUCCUCAAGAAACCAACACUCUGUCAAACUACAGACCGAUCUAUUCGCUGCCUUCGACACAUGAACCAUCAGAUCUUCCUCUCCACCCUCUCAGGGCUGGGCGUUUCAGGCUCUGCACGCUCUUGGGUUGCAUCCUACCUGGCAGGCCGCUCCUAUCAGAAAUGGUGGAGUCCAUGAAGAAUGUGGCCGGCAUGGACGUGGAGCUGACGGUGGAAGAGCGGAACCUGCUGUCGGUGGCGUACAAAAACGUGAUCGGAGCCAGAAGAGCAUCCUGGAGGAUAAUCAGCAGCCUCGAACAGAAAGAAGAGAACAAAGGAGGCGAAGACAAACUAAAGAUGAUCAGGGAAUACAGGCAAACGGUGGAGACUGAGCUAAAAUCAAUCUGUAACGACAUUCUGGAUGUACUGGACAAGCACCUCAUUCCAGCUGCAAACACGGGAGAAUCAAAGGUUUUCUACUACAAAAUGAAGGGAGACUACCACAGGUACCUGGCAGAGUUCGCCACGGGCAACGACAGGAAGGAGGCGGCGGAGAACAGUUUGGUAGCCUACAAAGCCGCGAGCGACAUCGCCAUGAUUGAGCUCCCCCCGACUCACCCCAUCCGCCUGGGACUGGCACUCAACUUCUCCGUAUUUUAUUAUGAAAUUCUCAAUUCCCCUGACCGUGCAUGCAGGUUGGCAAAGGCAGCAUUUGACGAUGCCAUUGCAGAACUGGACACGCUGAGCGAGGAGAGCUACAAGGACUCCACGCUCAUCAUGCAGUUGCUACGCGACAACCUUACAUUAUGGACUUCAGACAUGCAGGGGGAUGGUGAAGAACAGAAUAAAGAAGCACUGCAAGAUGUGGAGGAUGAGACCCAGCAGUGAGACUUUACAGCUAAUACCCGAAACCUCCCUCUCCCUCCUAUUGCCUGCCCCGCUAACCCCAGGUCCUACUACGUGUCAGUGAGAGCUCACAAACUUGGCUUUUACUCCGACGUCCACUCGCUCUAUUUUUCCCCACCUCUUCUUUCUUUAAUUCUUUCUUUAUGUUCUAUCACUCUGUCUGUUAGCUCAUAGCCCCUCUGUGCUUCCUAGGGUUUUUAUUUUCUUUAAAAACAAUCCUAUUAAAUUCUCCUAUUUCAGUGGAAAUAAUAUACUUCCACGUUAAAACACAAGAGAAAAUGUAAAAGCUAAAGCUUCGAGCUGUUCCUGGUUGUUACCUUUUAUUGAUUUUUAUAACUCCUGUUGCAAGCCUGUAAGGUUCACGUCGUUCCCUUUCCUUUUUUUGUUGUUGCUUUUUUUCGUUUACAUUUUUGCCAUGUCAUCAGUUGCCAAGUGUGCUUGCUUGGGGUCGUCAACGUUCACACAAUUAACGAGUUGAUUUUUAAAACACAAACGUUUAACUCUUUUUCCAUACCUGUGAUGUCUUUGUGCUACUUUACGCUAAUCGUCUAAGUUUUUGGUCGGAAAUUAGGGAUGGUCGUGAAUUUUGACGGUUUGUAAAAGGGACAUUUUAAUGCCCUCUCUCGCUCUCUCGCUCUGUCGCUCAUUGCAAGACUGUUUUAUCAAUGGUGAUAGCUGAACUUCCCAUGAGUGUCUCUUUCUUUGCGAUCACCCCUCAAGUCCAGAGCAUGGACCAUGAAAGAGGCUGUAGCGCUGCUUUUUUACUCAUUGCUGACGUAAGGACACGAUGGCUUGUAGCAGUUGGAUGGGGGAAAAAACAAGAAUCUCCCUUUCUCUGAUGUUAGGUAAAGCAGGUUUGCAUUGGCACUGUCAAAACAAAAACAACCUUUGUUUAAAAAAAUAAAAACUUGCUUAUGUCAUCUUGUAUCCCCAUUCUGUUCCAGAAUGUUCCCUUUCUUUCUCUAUUUCUUUCUUUCUCUGUCAUGCCCCCAUAUUUUCUCUCUCUGUUCAGUAUGUGUAACUUGAAUCUGAUUUGUACUACUGGAUAUUCUGACUGGAGCCACAAGCACUGUCUGUAUUCUUACUGAAACACAGCAUGGAAAUUAACAUUAAACUUCAAAUUUAAAAAAAGGAACUUAAAUUAAAA